AGGAAUAUUGUCUGGAUAUCUUAAUGGAACCGGUAUGAUGAAGUCAACAAAUCUGUAGUAAGCAUGUUGACCAUGGCGAUACUUAUCGGUCUAAGUAGACCAGUAUGGAAUUUAGUCAACCCCAUACAUUAUUUUUAAUAACUUUACAUAUAUCACAUAUUAAAUUAUUAAUGUAGUUCAAAAUAGUGAACUAUGACUAUUUAUACAUAUAUUAAUAGGUUAUGUCUUACGUCUGUAUUUUAUAUAAAAUUUUGAAGCCUUUAUUAUGAUCACCAUUUCUAUUUUUUUUUUUUUUUGGCUAAUUAAGAAAAAUAUAUUCUGAUCACCAUUUCUUCCCCUCUUUUUAAUAAUCUUCUAGUCUCUGAUCCAUGCAUGCCUUAUGGUCAAGAUAUUGUUGGUUCUAUAUUGAACCGCAGGUUCUUUGUUCUACAUAAACCGUAGGUCAAACUUUUUUUUUUCUUUUGCAGGAUUUGGUUUAGUAGAGAUUAAGGCUUGACAAGGAUGUACGUGCACAUAAAGUUAAUUGGUGGGGCCAUAAAAUAUUGCUAUACUUAGGUUGUUGGUAUCACAGGAUCAAACUACGAACAUUGAAUAAUCAGAUUGAAGUCCAUGUAGUAAUUUACAUGGAAAGUGGACUGAAAUUUUGUGGCACGUCGGUUAGAUAGAGGAUUUGUUUUUUCUUCUUAAUGUUUUUCCAACUCCAUGCAGAUUCGGUCUGCUUUGAAUACUAUAAAUAUGUUAUUGGAAAUGUAUACUCUCCAAGCACUAAUUGUAUAUCUUUGACAAUAGCUUAAGUUUUCUAUACAACAACCCGUGAAACAAAGAAAGGAACUUUUUAUACAACAAAAAAUCGAUCGAAAUAUGUUCAAGUGUCAAUCUUCCCUCCCAUCACAAACCAAAUCUUGCGUGCCAUAUCAAUUAUUCAUGCAUUGUAGACUCGCCAACCCAAGCGUUAUCUUCAGAUCAAAUAAGCAUGGCAAGUGUGCUAGAAACAUGAGACGUCAUGCAAUCACAAAUCUGUGGACGAAAGUACCCCGCAAUACAAAUAUGGAGAAUCUACGAGACAAUUACUUGUUUCCAGAGAUAUCCAUGCGAGAGAUGGAGCAUGUUAAGAAGUACCCCAAUGCAAAGUUGAUUAGACUUGGUAUAGGCGACACAACACAACCUAUUCCACAUGCCAUAUCUUCAGUCAUGUCCGAGUAUGCACAAGCUUUAUCCACUGUUGAUGGUUAUAGCGGCUACGGAGCAGAACAAGGCAAUACGGAGUUAAGGAAGGCAAUUGCUGAAACAUAUUAUAAAAAUACGGUUAUUAAGAGUAGUGAAAUUUUCAUAUCAGAUGGGGCACAAUGUGACAUCUCUCGUCUACAGAUGCUACUCGGAUCCAAUAGAAGCAUAGCUGUGCAAGACCCUACGUUUCCGGCAUAUGUCGAUUCAAGUGUGAUAAUAGGCCAAGCGGGAAAGUUUCAAGAACGAACAGGAAUAUACAGUAGCAUUCUGUACAUGAGUUGUGGGCCUGAAAAUAAUUUUUUUCCAGAUUUGGACAAAACUCCAAGAACAGAUGUCAUUUUCUUUUGCUCCCCAAAUAAUCCAACCGGUUAUGCUGCAUCUCGACAAGAAUUAGAACAACUUGUGGAAUUUGCAAAGAAUAAUGGAUCAAUUAUUAUUUAUGAUUCUGCUUAUGCAUCUUAUAUCUCCGAUGAUAGUCCUCGAUCAAUCUACGAAGUUCCGGGUGCUGACGAGGUUGCAAUUGAAGUUUCUUCAUUCUCUAAGUUGGCUGGAUUUACAGGAGUACGAUUGGGAUGGACAGUAGUUCCUAAUAAUCUAUGCUACUCAAAUGGGUUUCCGGUUAUCCAUGAUUAUAAUCGCAUUAUAUGCACUUGUUUUAAUGGUGCAUCUAACGUUGCUCAAGCUGGUGGACUAGCAUGUUUUUCCCCACAUGGUUACAAGGCCUUGAACUCUACAAUCAAUUAUUACAUGAACAACGCCAAAAUGUUGGUAGACACAUUUACAUCAUUCAAGUUAAAAGUGUAUGGUGGUAGAAAUGCACCUUACCUAUGGGUUCAUUUUCCUGGCUCAAAAUCUUGGGAUAUAUUUAAUGAAAUUCUAGAGGAAACACAUAUAUUAACAGUUCCGGGCAGAGGAUUUGGUAACAAAGGUGAAGAGUUCAUUCGAGUUAGUGCCUUUGCUCCAAGAGAAGCUAUAUAUGAAGCAUCCAUGAGGCUGAAGAACCAUUUUCAUGACCUUGGUGAUCGAUGUAUUCUCCGUCGUUGAGCUGGAAAAAGUACCCCAUCACUAAUUGGAAAUAAUACAAAUAAUGUUUUUGGGUUACAAUAAAUUUCUCAUAGUCAGAUUUUAAUUAUACUGUAACAAUAAUGUAAAAUACCAAAUAGAAAAAUAGUUCGAGUACUCUUUUUAUCAUAAAGAGUAAUA